AUGGGGUCUUCUUUACCUCCGCGUCUCGAAAUCAGUCCGUGCCUUGUCAACUCGGCGAACCCUUGGGCGACCAGUCUUGAAGACCUCAAGGCUCUCUACGAAUGCCCCAAUACCGGUGCUGUAACUACUCGGACCUCUCUCAUCUCAGGCUUUGCACAUGACCCAUCAAAGCAUCAAUUCACCCUAUUCGAUGCUGCCACCCACCACUCAGAACAAGACCGUACCAAGUUGAAGGGCCAUGAGAACGCAAGUCUCAAUACACUGGGAUAUAGCCCACUCACACUGCAAACCUACCUCGGAUUCAUAGGGCAAAUAGCAGAGGUGCCCUCUGCUCGACCAGGCAAAGGCUUCAUUGUCUCAGUCACUGGCAGCCCGGAGGAGGUCGUCCAAUGUUACUUACUGAUCGCGCGCCAGCAGAGACAGGUUCCCUUUCCUCUAGCCAUGGAGAUCAACCUCAGCUGUCCAAAUAUACCGGACAAGCCACCACCGGCCUACAACGGCGAAUCUCUGAACUCCUACUUGGUAGCCUUGCAGGAGCUUGUGUCAAAGCCAGACAUCCCACGCAUCCCGUUUGGUCUGAAGACCCCACCCUACACUCAUGCAGCUGAGUACGCGGAGCUCUUCUCCGCCCUCAAGUCCUCAGCCCAGCACGACCCAGACGGCGUGUGCCCGGUCUCGUUCAUUACAGCAACAAACACCCUCGGCUCAUGUCUGGUCCUCGCCGACCCGGGAGUCCAGACAUCCAGCGACCCUGCGCUACCUGCACUGGGUAUCGGCGGGAUGGCCGGAGCACCACUACAUCCCCUGGCCCUGGGUAACGUGAGGACCAUCCGGAGGAUGUUGGACGAGGCGGGAAGGCCGCUGGCUCAUAUACAGGUCAUUGGCGUGGGUGGAGUUUUGGACCCUGAUGGGUACAAGAGGAUGCAAGCUGUGGGUGCUGAUUUUGUGGGCGUAGGGACAGGUCUGGGGCUCAAGGGUGUCGGUAUUUUCGAUGAGAUUCUCAGGGAGUUUUGA